AUCCCCAAAUACUAUAAAUCAAAAUGCUACCAAUAAAUCAAUCGACGGAAUUAAUUGGGAUCGGGAAAUGGAGAAUUCAGGGGAUUUGCAGAGGCCGAAGGUCGCAGUGGUGGUGUUUCUGCUGAAGGGAAGCAAGGUGCUGUUAGGGCGUCGCCGCUCUCCCGUCGGCCGCGACACCUUCGCGUUGCCCGGAGGACACCUCGAGUUCGGGGAAAGUUUUGAGGAGUGUGCGUCGAGAGAGGUGAAGGAGGAAACGGGGCUGGAUAUUACUGAAAUUGAGCAAUUGAGUGUGACCAACACCGUCGUGAACGCAGGCCUGCAUAUUGUUGCAGUGCUGAUGCGUGCGUCGGUGGCGGAUAGUGCGCAGGUGCCGCAGAAUCCGGAGCCCGAUAAGUGCGAGGGCUGGGAUUGGUACGACUGGAUGAACCUUCCGCGCCCACUUUUCGGGCCGCUGGAAACCCUAGUUCGAGACGGGUUCAAUCCCUUCCCACUUCCAGUUGAUCGUCACGUCUAAUCUGAUGUUUGGCAAAUGGUAGUAUGAUAUUUCUGCAUAAUUUUAUGAGCCCUAAUGUGUUGUAUGGUUGAUGGGUUAUUAAUUUAAUGGAUUGGGCUCAGUUUACAUGGGCCACGGCCCAGUGUUAAGGCCCUGAUUUGAAAUUAUGGAUCAAAGUCCAUUAUCUAUAAAUUUCUUGAAUGAUUAAUAUUUUGGUAGCACAUCAAUUUCAUCUAUAAAUGUCGGUCUGAUCGUGGCCGUUGGAUCGAGUUCGAAGGCAGACUAGUGCGAUCGAUCCGACGGUGGAUUGUGGAGUUAUGGAAUAUGCAUAUACAUAAAUUGGAUUGUGAUGUUAUUUGUUAUGAGUAAUAAUUAGUUAUAGGUUUUGGCUUUGAUGAUUAAAGUGUGGUUUCUGAUUGGUAAUUAAUUGCGAAAAUUU